AUGGGAUUAUUCAAGAAGCAUCAGAAGGCUAAAAGGCAAGAGGGAAAAACUAAUAAGAAAAUAAAGAAGAAAGAAAAUACAAGUUCAAUGUUGAACCAUGAAAAUCCAUUCUCGGCAUUAGAGUCAAAUGAUGAAGAUGUUAAUACAGAUUUAACAGAAGAAGAAACUCUCAUAUCAGAAGAGGAAGAGGGGAAGGAAGAAAGUAAUACUCCAGUAAGCCUUUCAGGUGAGAAUCGAGAAGAAACAACUGCCAAGACAACUAUGAGUAAUCACGAAAGGAGGAGUGUGUCCGGAGUAAUCCUGAUCAGUCAGAAGAAAAGUGCAACAGAGGGUCCCGUAACCAAUUCAAAGAAGGAACUACCAGAGUUAGUCCAAGAUUCAAAGCAGGUGAUAAUUACUGAGAGUUCAAAGAACCAAACUAAAUUGGAAACUCCAUCUUUGAGAGAAGUUUUGAAUAUAAACACACUUGACGACAAUUCAAAGUUUGACACCAAAGGGGAAGCUCCCUCUUCAAAUAAAGAAACAAAAGAUGAGAGCUCCAAGAACAACUUUAAGCUAGAAAUAACCUCCCUAGAUCAUGGCUCGAAAAAUGGCAGAAUUGUUGAGAAUUCAAACAAUGAACCUAACGAAAGAACUCCCUUUUUGAAACAAACUUUGAAUAUAAACCCAGUUGAUGACGUUUUGAACUUUGACUCUAAAAAGGAAUCUUCCCCCUCAAAUUCAAGUUUGGACACAGCAAUCGUUAUUGAUGAAACUACAGGGUUGAAGAAGGAAGUAUCAGCAACUUUUCCCAAAAUAUGUAGCUUAACACUGGCUGAGUUAUCCGAGAUUCUGGACACUCACUCAAAUAUUCCUGAAUUAGCAAAGGCAUUUCCAUCUGUUGAUAUAAAUGUCAUAAAGUCAUUACUCUUUGCCUCGGAAGGAGAAGUGCUACCUGCUUUUCAUGCAUUACUAUUCCUCACUAAUCAACAAAAUUUAGAAACUAUUACUAUUACACAGGUACUUCCUAAGAAGAAUAUACUCAGUGAACUUUUUGACCAGAAGUUUUCAGAGUUGAGAGCCAUGAAAAAAGAAGCUGAGAGAUAUAGUGACGAUAUUGAAAAUGUUAAUGUGUGUGGGAAAACUGAAUCUUCUGAUGUUAUUGUAGGAGUGUCAAAUGGUGAGAUGUCAAACUGUCCUAUCAAAAUGAGUGAUUUAGCAAAGGAAGUUGGUGAAGCUGACAGUGAUACAAAGAGUCAGCAAUCUUCAUUAACCUUGAAUAAAGCAAACACUUCGGUUGCUCCCCACAGUGUACUAACAAAUAAAGAACCAAAGAAACCUAAUCAAGUGUCUUACAAAGAAUGGUUGGUUAAGAGAAGAAACGAAAUGGGCACCCCAAAUAACCCAACCCAGAGAGAUAACAACCGUACGAAAGAGAACCCACAGAGGUCACCAAGAGAUUCCAAAGGCAAUAAUACCUUGGAAAAAGGAGUUGAACAACUAAAGGAAAACAACAUAAAUCCUGAUAUAAAGGAAGAAAAGGGUGAUAAUAGUGAAGCACCUAUUCCGCAAGACCGAGAAUCGGACGAAGGGCAGAAAGGAGAGCUGCAUGUAUCUGAAAAUAAUCUUGCCAAAAAAGCUUCCCAAGCUAUUGCAAUUGUGAGUAAGGUCAUAGGAACCCCAACCAUUUCUUCUUCUAUAGGAAAAUCGCUGCAUGAUCAGGUGAAUAGUACAUCUAGUUCGAGUGUAUUCAGUGCGAAAACCUGA